GUCAUUCUUCGGUUGUCGUGACGGAAGACAUCACGAUAUCUCCAAGUGCGCUACUUUGGUCUCACUGUGCACUAUAUCUCCCGACAAGUCCUAACAAGGUCCAGGGUGCACGAUUGCUAUUGCAUUCUUGUUUAUGAAAGGUAUCCUUACGACAAGAACUGGUGCCGAACACAAGGCUUCCUGACACUGGACAAUGAUUGUCAAUGGAUGGGCACUGCAAUACUGUAUGGUGAUAUUCGAUCAUGAGAUGUUGUGCAAAGAAUCGCCUGUUGCAGUGCAAGGUUGUACAAGUUAUUGCAGAGCCCUAUCUUCAUCAUGAUGUGUCUGGCCUACUAGUAUGUGCACUGCAUGACGGCUGGGUCGGCCAGUAAAAUCGGAAAUGACGACGGCGGACGUCACCAACGAGGGACCUCGGAAUAGCUGUCGUGGUGCCUGUCGUUUCUGCUCCAGCAGAUUCGUCGACGUGCCAACUGAGCUAGCCUUCGAGGGUCAUGCAAUGUGGAGAAGUCGGGUGGGAAAGACAUUCGGCAGAGUCCGAGGCGAGUCAUCUUUCCGAGAACAGCCUUCCAGCUUUGUGCCACGACACAUCCUCCUUGCAUCCAUCCAGAAGCCUCCUUUGUAUCUUCGAACUUGGCUGGCAUUCCAGCUAACGAUCGUUCCAUUGUUUUGGUUCAUCCGUUGUUUCGUUUCUUCUCACUUUCCCGUCGAUAUUCAGACCACAAACGGUGUCAAUUUUGGCCUCGACUUAUCGAGAACCCAGGACGUCGAGGCAUCUGGUGCCUCUACUGCAGUAGAAAAUAGCGCCGACCCGUUCAAUCUCAGGAAUGGCAUUCAGUCGGAAACAGACCUUGCCGAGCUCCGACAUAGGGCCAACGGCAAGAAGAAAGCUGCUGUAGUCAAGUAUCAGAAUCGACAGAACGAUGUGCGUGUCCAAUUCAAUUUAUCGGAUGAGAGUUAUCGUAUUGAGGUGGUUUCCCAGCUCAUCGCGUAUCUGUUGAAGCCCCUGGAACAGCACACGAGCGAUGCAAAGGAUGAAGAAGAAUCAGCCAGGCUCUGGGUGAAGAUAGCGGUAUGGGCUAGUCUUAUAUCAAACCUUGCUCUCUGUGUCAUUCAGAUGUACGCCGCCAUUUCCUCUGUCUCCUUAUCCCUUCUCGCGACCGGCAUCGAUUCUGUCUUUGAUAUUGGCAGCAAUGUGGUCCUAUUCUGGUUGCAUGUAAAGGCAGAGAAGCUCGAUGCGAACAAGUGGCCUGUAGGCGGUGCACGUCUGGAAAAUAUUGGGAAUGUCGUAUAUGGUUCCUUGAUGGCCAGCGUUAAUCUCAUCGUCGUGGUGGAAUCCGUCAGGUCCCUGAUCUCGAAAAAGAACGACGAUUUGCAAGCUUUUCAUCUUCCAUCUAUCAUUGCUGUAGCGGCUGCGUUGGGUAAGACUGUCGUCUCUAUCCUUGCCGGUACUCACCUGGCGUUAGGUGUGAAGCUAAUGCUUUUUAUCUUGUGCUACCCAUUCCGAAAAAAUUCCAGCCAAGUUGCCGUUCUUUGGGAAGACCAUCGUAACGAUCUCUGGAUCAACACAUUCGGUAUCCUCAUGUCUGCUGGUGGGAGUAAAUUAAGGUGGUACCUUGAUCCUAUGGGUGCUAUCAUCAUCGGCCUUGGUAUCAUCAUUUCGUGGACUUCGACCAUAUGCCGCCAGUUCGAAUUUCUAGCCGGAAAGUCGGCGCCGCACGAGUUCUUACAGCUUCUGAUAUACAAAUCCAUGACCUUCAGCGAUGACAUUGUGCAACUAGACACUGUUCGAGCAUAUCAUAGCGGUCCCGACUACUUUGUUGAAAUCGAUAUUGUGAUGGAUGGAUCGACGCCGCUGUAUAAGGCUCAUGAUGUUAGCCAGCAAUUGCAGGACAAGAUCGAGGAGCUCCCGAAUGUUGAAAGGGCAUUCGUCCAUGUUGAUUAUGAGACGACGCACUCACCGGAACAUCGAAAACCGACAUAAUAUACCAAGUUCCGAGUUGAUUAGAUGUUUCAAAAGGUUUUAAAUUUUGCUUAGAUCUACAUUAAUAUUUCCCUGUGCUCUUGUUGUUUCUCGUGCCUUUAAUCUUAAUGAGAAUGAAUGUCAACC